GGACAAGUUGUGAGCGUGACAAAGUCUCACAAAGGGAACAAAUCACGUUUUGAUUCAUCACUCUUUGUCAUCACUCGAAAACUUAUGGAUAUUGUCAAAAAUGCUCCAGGUGGUGUUGUGCACUUAAAAAAGAUUGUGCCCAUACUGGGAAUACCGAAACGAAGAUUAUAUGAUAUCACCAGUGUCUUACAUGGGAUCAAAAUGGUUGAAAAAGUAUCUAAGAGCCGUAUUCGAUGGAUAGGACCUGAUAUCAGCAGUUUUGGACCGUCGCCCAGACAGGAGAAGCUGCAUGAGGAAAUUAAGGAGUUAGUAGCGAAGGAACGUGCUCUGGAUGAGUUAAUUAAGGAUUGUGCUCAGCAGUUGUUUGCAUUAACAGAUGACAAGGACAAUGAAAGACUAGCAUAUGUGACAUACCAGGAUGUUCAGAGCGUUCAAGCAUACCGUAACCAGAUGACUUUCGCAGUUAAAGCUCCACCAGAAAGCAUGCUGGAUAUUCCAACUCCCACAGAAAACUCUAUCACAGUGCGUAUACAGAGCAUCAGAGGGCCCAUUGAGGUCUUUUGGUUUGAACCCAAACUGGAGUAUUCAAGUAAUAACGUGGCUGAAGGUGAAACAGCCUCUUCACCUAAAAGCAAACCUCCUGAACAGCCGGAUAGAAACGAAAGUCCUCCGCAGCAAAGUGAAGUGCUUGACUAG